UUCACGCCAAAUGUGAUUACAGAAUGAAUGUGUACGGCUAGCCGGCUGAUAGCUUCGGCAAUGUUGUCACUAUCAGAAUGAUAUCACAGCGGGACAGAGGAGAACUCGCUCGGUUUUAUACAGUGACAGAUCCUACACGGCACCAGAAAGGCUACACUGUGUAUAAAGUCACAGCCAGGUUAAUCUCUCGGAAGAAUCCAGAAGAUGUCCAAGAGAUAAUAGUAUGGAAGAGAUACAGUGAUUUCCGGAAGCUACAUCAGAACCUCUGGCAGCUGUACAGGAAUGUAUGUAGCCAUUCUGAGCUAUUUCCUCCCUUCGCUAAAGCCAAAGUAUUCGGUCGAUUCGAUGAGUCAGUGAUUGAGGAAAGAAGACAGUGCUCUGAGGAUCUCCUGCAGUUUUCUGCAAACAUCCCCGCUCUGUACAGUAGUCAACACAUUCAAGAUUUCUUCAAGGGUGGAGAGAUCCACGACGGCUCAGAUCUCAUUGGACCAGCUGAGCCUUUCUCUGACUUCCUGGCUGAUAGUUUAUCAGACUGUAGUUCUGAUGUACAAAGAGACAUCAGUGGUGCAGAGGAGUUGACUGUCACAUCUGAGUAUGGGGGCCCUCCUAGUGACAGCGACCUGACCUCCCUGGCAGUGGAUACAGACUCUCUGGCUGAGUUGGAUGAUGGCAUGGCCUCAGGUAGCACCUCCCCAAACCAGCCACAGGGGGAAGCCACCAACAUCAGUAGUAGCUGCAGUCCUCGUUUGCCCUCGCUGCGUGAACGCCGUACCCUGUCCCCUGCCCCCGUCCCCGCCUCGUCAGCCCCUAACCCAGAGGUCAGCUGCCCAAAUCGAACACCACUCUUCUCCCGCAGUCUAAGGAAAACCAGCGGCGUCAACGCUACGGACGUAAAGUCGGACUACCUCGACAAAGCCAGUGAACUGAUCGGUUUUGCUGUACAAAAGGAAAGUGAGCAGGACUACCAGGCAGCGUUUUUAUACUACCGCAGUGGGGUUGACUUGCUGCUUCAAGGAGUACAAGGUGAACCAAGUGCCUCACGACGAGAGGCGGUGAAGAAGAAAACUGCUGAGUAUCUGAUGCGUGCAGAGCAGAUUUCAGGUCUACAUCUGAGAAGCAAUAUGGGUCAGGGAUCAACACAGACUGUGGCCUUUGGAGCUCAAUGCUGUUCUUCUUCAAGCAGAGGAGGGCAGCAGAGUCCGUCUGAUGAGCUGAUAGCUUACAGGGUGAUAGGUGUCAUUAACAAGGUUCUUCUGGUCAUUGACAAGAGGACACAGGAGACAUUCAUCCUCAAAGGACUGAGGAAAAGCAGUGACUGUGGGCAGGCUAAGAAGACUAUUAUGCCGCUCUCCGUGCCCCACAUGGUGCAGCUGAGAAAGUUCAUCAUCUCUGAAGACACUGUUUUCCUUCUGCUGCACUACGCUGAAGGUGGGAAGCUGUGGUCUCACAUCGGAAAGUACCUUCGUAAUUCCAGCCCAGAGGAGAGCUUUGACAUUCCUUUCAUCCAGAAGAGCCACACAACGGCUGUACAUUCUCCACACCACAUAAUACCACAGCUGGAUGCAGGUUCUGCUAGUUGUGAUUCGGAGCCAUAUGCUGGUUCACAUCUUGCUUUAGGCCUUCAGAAAGAAGGGGAAAUCCCUUUCAUGUCUCCUGUUAAAAGUGCCGUCCCUGCAGGGCUCCGGGACCAAAUUGGAGCUCAGACUGACUCUGGUGCGACUUCUGAGGAGGAGUGCACAAACAGUUAUUUGACUCUUUGCAAUGAGUACGAACAAGAAAAAGUAGAACCAGAUGCACUAGAAGAGGAGGUUGAUGAGAGGAGCGAGCAGGAAAUGCUUUCUUUGGAGGUGCCUAAUGCAACAGCAACAGCGUCUUCAUACAGCCGUUCGCUGCUCAGCAAUGACAGCCUUUCUUCCCCAGGAGGCUCUCAGGAGCUCGGCUUCUUCAGUGAGUUUUCUGAUAAGAGCGGCCAAACCCUUGAAACUGACCAGACCCGCAGUGAAGGACAUGAUCACAGUGAAGUUUUCAGUCCUUUACGAUCUCCCACAGAGCCUCUCUCUUUGGAUCAGUCCAAACACACACCGAUGGAAUUUUUCCGCAUUGACAGCAAAGACAGCGCUAGCGAGGUCACUGGCCUCGAUUUGGGGGAGCACUGGCAUUCUCAGAAGCAGCCGCCUCAGUUUUCUACGUCUGACCUAGGUUCAGAGGUCACCGAGGAGCUACCAGAGCUGGCUCGGGAAGUAAAGGGCCCAAGCUUGGAGUUGUGGGGGUUGGACAGUAGCGAUAAGGGGUUUAAUGAGUCAGUGCCUGUCAUCUCCUUUAAGGAGGCAGUAGUCGAAGAUGAGGGUCAUCCACCAGACUUGUUGGUCAAUCUUCCUGUAAUAAGUGGGACUGCAGACUUUACACAGGAGGAAUCAGAACCUUCAGGGGUGUGUUUGGGCCUUGAAGUUGCAGCCACUUCUCAAAAGUGCAUCCAGCCUGAUGUCUUGCAGCUACAUAGCCAGCAUGAGGACCUGGAGGAGCAGCACCUAGAACAAGAACUUUCAUCUUUCUCUACAGCCUCUGCAACUUGUGACAAUAGUCUUGCAUGUACUUCUCUAUGGGACGACAGCCUGGCAUUUGGACUUGAGGCAUGUGACAAAGCCUUUGACCAAGACGACAGUCAAAGCAGUGAUCACCACCUAGAAACAGGGGUUUUAAGUGAGAAACCUCAACCUAGUAUGGCAGGAAACACAGACUCUGCUCCAGUCCUCAGUGACACCACCACAACCUCUAUCUCAGCUAUGAACGGUACUCAGGCUUGCACAGUCAUUGAGAGUUUAUUAGAUCUUGAUGGUGAAUCAUCAGGAGUCAAUAAAGCCACAGGUGGCAGCGACUUUGAUAAAGAAGUGUCACGGCUGUUUGCAGAGUUAGACGAGCUGUCGUUGGCUGCCACCCAAGCUCAUAUCCCAGAGGAGUUUGUGCGAUGUUGGGCAGUAGAGAUUGUUACGGCCUUGGACUGUCUGCAUCAAGAGGGCAUCAUCUGCCGGGACUUGAAUCCCAAUAACAUCCUGCUUGACCAUCAAGGGCAUGUGCAGCUCACCUACUUUUGUAGUUGGUGUGAUGUGGAGGAAUCCUGUGACAAGGAGGCAAUGGCCAAUAUGUACUGUGCACCAGAGGUGGGAGGGAUCAGUGAGGAGACACCGUCCUGUGAUUGGUGGAGUUUGGGCGCCAUCCUCUUUGAGCUCCUGACCGGCACGUCGCUGCUGAGCUGCCAUCCAGCAGGAAUUGGCCGUCACACAGCUCUCAACAUCCCAGAGUGUGUUUCAGGGGAGGCCAGAUCUCUGCUGGAGCAGGUGAGAGGGAGCACCUACAACAAAACGAGGGUUCCCCCGACUCUAAUAAUUGAUUUUACUUUUAGGUUGUUCUUUGUGGGGGGAAAAUGUUGAAUCUAUAUUCAAUACUUCACUUUCGACAAAUGUUCAGUUGCUUAACACAAAUUGCAAAUCGGUUAAGAUUAAUCGUUAAAAAAAGAAAAAAAAGAAAAACAUGGUAUGCUUGUUGGUACUAUAUGAGAAUUUCCAAAACAGGAAUGCACUGGGAUUGUCUUUUUUAUUCAUUUAGUCAUCUCUCAGGUUUAUAUGGAGAAUGGUUGGAAAAAGAGAAAACAAUCACUGAACUGCAGCUGUUUGGAUGAAAAUGCCUUCAAAGGAAAAUGGAAAAAAAGGCAACAGUAGCUUAAAUAAACACUCCUUACAACCAAUGAAUUAUCCCCAAAACUGGAUAAUAACAGAUUUGAAAAAUGUUGCUUGGUUCAAACAGAUUUGAUUUUGACCACACCAUUUGGAUGCUGUGUUAAAUAACCUGGGGGAAAAAAAAAAA